AGACUUGCUACAAGAGCUCAUGGAAUACUGCGACGCCCAACAGAGUGUUGUUUCCCAUCUGGUUCCGUGUUCGAGCGCCGAGAGAAACCAAUUGAGCGUCUGCGGCGCAGGAGCGCGGGGCGGGUUGAUCUCCCGGCGAGAGGAUCUGACCGAGAGGCAGAGCAGCUGCGGCGACAGACAAAGAGCAGCGGCGACGGCGGUGGCGGCACCAGGCUGAAAAGCCACAAGACACCGGAGGCGUUGCACAUUCUUCUCUCGUCGAUGGCGGAGUCAUAUUUCGUAGCGUUCGACCAGUUCGCGAUACACCUGGGGGCGCCUGGAAACACACCGGUCCUUUGGGCUGACUUACGGGUUGAGGAGCAGACGCAACGAGAGGUAGGCUGUGGGCGUGCAGCUGGCGGCAGCGGCGGCGGCGGAGGAGGCAUGCUGCGGGCGCCGGCUGCUGCCGCUGCCUCCGCCGCGGGGUCGUGGGCGGGGAAGGCGGGGGCGGAGAGGCACGCGCGCGCCCGCAGCGUGUGGAGUGGAGGUGGGGGUUGGGUAGACCAACGUAUAGGAGACGACCAAAUUAAAAAAAAACCAACUGGUUCGUGGUUCUGCGUGGCGGCACGGGAGUUGGUCGCCCUGUGGCGGCGCGGCGGCGGCCGGCGGCGGCGGCGCCGGCGGCGGCGCGGCGCGCAGCUGCCGUCCUUCCUCCCCCUCCGCUCCCCCGCCCUGGUGGUGCGGCCGCGUAAAAGCGGCGCGCGGGCGGCGCGGCGGCCAGUGCGCGAGUGCGGGCGAGAUUGGCGCGGGCGCGGGCGUGCAGAUGCUGUGCUUGUGGUUGGUGUCGGCGGCGUGCGUGGCGGCGAGUGGCGCGGAGAGCGCGGCCUGCGGGCCGCGAGUGGCGGCGGCGGUAGUGAGCGCGCGCUGCGAGAUGACGUUCGCGCGCUGCAGGUGCAGGUGGCGACGCUCCUGCAACGCCGCAGCGAGGACUUCAAGCUGCUGGAGGACUCGCUCAGGGGGUCUCUGGAGAAGAGCCUGGAGCUGAGCUCCCUGCGGUCGCAGGUCGACGCGCUCAGGCAAGAGGUGGAGGAGCUGCGCGGCACGACGCGCGCGCGCAACGACCACGUGACGCUGCAGUGGCUGUCGGCGGCGGUGGGCGAGCUGCGCGCCGAGGCGGCCGAGGCGGCGGCGGCGCGCAACGCGUCGCGCGACCUGCAGCGCGCGCAGCAGACGGACGCGCAGCUGCGCCUGCUGCGCUCCGACGUGGCGGCGCUGCGCGGCGAGGCGCAGCAGCUGCGCGCGCAGGCGCAGCGCGACGCCGUCGCCCUGCAGGCGCUGCGCGGCGACCUCGACUCGACGCAGCAGCGCGCGCAGGCGGCCGCGGAGCAGUGCGCCGACAACAAGGAACAGACGGGAGAAGUGCUGCGUGGCGCCAGGCCCCUUGAGGACGGGUUCAGGAGGAUUGACGCCAGAGGGGGUGGCGGUGCCGGCGGCGCGAGACAGGGCGAAUCGCAGAAGGCUUUGCCGACGUCAAAGUCGCCUGCGCACCUUGAUGCGAGUCGAGAAGCUCCCCUCAGCACGAAUACAGCGAAUUUGCUCAUGUAUUACAAUGCUGAGUCUUCACGAUAA